GGGAUGUCUUGGCGCGCCCUAGGCCCCUAGGAAAGAAAAAACCAGACAUUUCACUCUCUCUUUCUCCACCGGCCAUGGAGGAGACCGCCAUCAUUUCAAAACUUGAAGCCGCCAACACCGCCGGCCUUCAUCCCCUCGUCGCCGCCUAUCUUCAGCCGUUCACCGAACUCCAGAACCCCAAAAAAACCAAAAAAUCAACCAAAUCCCAAGACCACCAAACCCUCCUCCGCUCGCUCGCCAAGAAAUUCCUCCCCUUCCUCAACCGCACGCUAUCCCUUCUCCCCAAACGCCUCGCCGACCCCUCAAAGUUAGAUGACAAAUUUGCCCUCGAACUCUUCGAUAUUUACCGGCUCUGCCUCGACUGCCUGGCCGCCGUGUCCUCUGUGUUGUCCGCUUCGCCGCACUCGUUUCACUACCCGAGGGUGAGGAUGGUGAGUUGCCUUGUGGCAUGUGGGCGGUACAAGGAUGCGGAAAGUGAGGGGUUUAGGGUUUUGGAGAGCCUUAAGGCGAUUGAAUGUGGGUCGAAGAAAUCGGUGAAAUCGUGUCGGAGAUUUGUGCCGGAUGUGGAGAAGGGGGGCGGAGAUAAAGAUUUUGGGUCUUUGGUGGGUGAAAUUGUGGUGACGCUUGUGAAAUGUGCGGCCAUGAGUCAGAGUAAGGACAGUGAGGUGUUUGAGCGGGUGCUUUGUUUGGCUGAGGAGGUCAUGCCGUGGUUCCGGGUAUUAGAUGCAAGCACAUGUGAGAAGUUGCACAGGAAUCUGGUUGCCUAUCUGAGUAGGUGUACUCAAUUUUUAGUUGGGGAGCUAUCGGUGUUCAAUGGGGAUCUUGUGCAAAAGUUCUGCAUUUUAACCAUGACUGAGUAUGCUAAGUCGCCAAUGAAAGACACAAUGGUCAAGUUUGCCCGUACGAUAUGUUCAUCUUUAUUCUUGUUUCAAGAGGAUACAUUCACACUCACUCGCAUCUUAUUUUGCUUGUUGGACUCCCUUGUCCACGAAUGUAAGGCUGAAGUGGAAAAUUCAGGAAAAGAGUUUGUUGAACUUAUUGCUUAUUGUGCCAAAAAAUGUCAAACUACAAACACAAACCUUUGCGGUAUUAUUGGAUCUCAUUUAAAUAAGUUAGCAGGUGAUUUCCAUCAGGCUGGAACACCUUUUCAGUUAAUUCUGAGGGUUUAUGCCACUGGAUUGCACUUUGUUGAUCGUAGUAUGAAGUCAAAAGUUGGUCAUUUUCAAUCCUUUGAAGGUGCAAUUAGAGUUUUGCUUGAUGAUGGGGACACAGGGAAUCGCUUGUCCGGUUUGCUUGGUUCAUUGAGAAGUUAUUUCCAAAUUGGCUGCAAUGACGACUCUUUGUUAUCCAAUUCGCAAUUGAGUUCGGACAGUGGGGACUCAUUGAAUCAAAUGCAGAAGGAUAGAAAGAACUAUCUUCUGUGUUAUUUUAAUGCAUUGAAAUUCUUAUGCCAGCCGCUUACAGAGUUUGUAAAUUCAGGAAGGAAACAGAUUAUUACUAAUAAUGAAGCUGCUUCUGUUUCUACUGAAGUGUGCCAUAUCCAGGGUGCAUUCCAUCAGUUUUGUGACGUUUUUCUUUCUCUUAAAAUGUACAGAUGUACAUAUGAGGUGGAUAGAGAUGGAUUUGAUGGAAACAGCACCCUUGAUGUUGCUCUGGCUGCUUUUACCCUCUCCAUCAUAACAAAGCUGAACAUUCAGAAGAGUGUACAAAUACUUGAAAAUGUCAUCACCAGUGCUUGGAUUCAACCUCAUGGUCUAAAGCAUCUAUAUGUCUCUCUGUACAAUACCGGGGUACAUUUGUACAGGAACAAGGAGCUAAAAGAGGCAUCACAGGCAUUGAACUUAUGUUGUAAGGCAUCAUGGACUCGUGUUAUACAUCUUUGUGAGAUGUUUGUACACAAACAAAGGGCGUCCGAGGUUGAUCUGUCAGAAGAUGCCAUUUUAGAUUUCUAUAAUGAGUGCUGUACGAGAAGUGCUUUUCUUUUGGACGUUCUUAAUGAAUUGCAGAGUUAUGAUGCGAAAAGAACUUUAUUAGAGAGCCUUGAAAAUUGGUCCAUUGCUGCAAACUUGUUUGGGAGGCUGCCAGGUCCUCUGGCUGUGGUGAAGCAGUGGGUUAAGAUGGAAUGUAAACGUUACAAGGAUGUGAAUGUUGAAGAUGAUGCUCCAACCUUAUACAGUUUGUUAUUGUCUUAUAAGAAAGUCCCAAAGAAGAUAAACGAAAUCGUUUUGGAACAGGAACUUCUUGCUUAUGAGGGAAUGACUGCUGUGAACCCUAAGUUUUGUCAGAAAAUGCAAAUGAAAAUUAUAGAUUUCCUGCUGAAAGAUGUGUAUGUCACACCAAAUAGUUGGUUACAAAAAUCAAGAAUUUUGUUGAAAAAGGGAAGGGCAUUAAGGCUUUCUGGAAGCAAAGGUCUGAAGGACUGUAUUCAGUGUUUAUCAGAUGCAAUAUGUUUACUUAGUGAGAUUUAUGAUGAAACCUGUACCCAUGAAAUUUCUCCUUGCCAUCAAUUAGCUGUGGCAUAUUGCUUACGUGCACUUUCUACCCAGGAAGCUGAACCCAACUCAAAGCGAGUGCUUGAAGAUAUCAGUGCUGCCAUUAAUCUAUGGUUGGGCAUUUCUACUCCUGCUAAUUGCUCUCCGGCUGACAAGUGCUCCAUGUUGUCUGAAAAUACUAUGUUGCUACUUUACAAUGUCAUUGAUUUGUUAUCCGCCAAGGGUUGCAUGGACUUUCACAAUGAUAUACAUAAGCUUAUGAUUAGAUUAUUUAAAUGGAGGAAUGUCCCAUUAGAGAAGUGCGUGGCCAGAUUUUGGGAAUGUAGGAGGAUUAGCCAUGCCCUUUGUGCCUCACCUGUAAAUGAGACAUUCAUUAUGAACUUAUCAGAUCAUUGUGGUGAACUUUCAAAGUAUGCUUUUUGGAUAGAUUCUCUAAAAGAUUCCACACCAUUACUAUUAGUGUUCCAACAUAGUUUCUCAUUUCUGUUUCCAAACUUUUUCUCGGGGCCCUGGAAUCAUCAAAAUUUGUUUCGAUCAGAUAUCACAAUUGAUGAAGUUAAGGAAGCUGCUUUUGAACUUAUAUCACAGGCUCCUGUAUCGACUUGGUCUGCUUACAUAGCUGGAUAUCUCUACUAUGAUUUAUCGGAAAGACUUGUUUCAAAUGGACGGUUAAUUGAGGCUCUCUCAUAUGCAAAAGAAGCUCACAACUUACGUGCUAAACUAUUUGGAGGGAAAUUUAUGUUCUCUUCUGAGCGACAGCCCAAAAAGUACAAUGAAGGGGGUAUCUGUCAGGAGUUAACAUAUAGCAUUCAUGAUAUGCAUAUGCAAAGAUCAGUUGCUAGUGAAGUUUGGCUUUUUGAUACUAGUUCAUGUGACCUGGAAAGCUAUUAUCUGAGUCCAUGGAAUGCACUUCAAUGUUAUCUUGAGAGCACUCUUCAGGUAGGGGUUAUCCUCGAAAUAAUUGGUAAAGGAGCUGAGGCCGAAGGUUUUUUACAAUUUGGAAAAGCUUUUUCCUGCUCACAGAGCUUGCCACUAUUUACAAUUGUUUUUUCUACUGUCUUGGGAAAGCUUUACCACAAGCAGCAACUUUGGGAUUUGGCGGAAAAGGAACUGCAAAGUGCCAAGCAAUAUUUUGGGGCUUGCAGCACAGAUCUCUCUUGCAUGAAAUGCAGAUUGUUGCUGGAAGCAACUGUUAAUCAGAAUCUUGGCGAUUUAUAUCAAAGCAUUUUUGAAAAUACAAGAAGUACAUCGUCAGAUAAGUUGUCGCAUGCUGAAAACCUGUACAAAUCAGCCAUUGCCAUACUAAAUCUUUCUGAGUGGAAAAAUUCUGUUAGUUGUCCAGAAGAAGAGUGUGUCGAAUGGACAAUGCCUGGAAAAGCUAGUCUUAAAGACGUUGGAUAUUGUGCUAGCAGUAUAUAUACUGUUUCUGAAGAAAAACAGCAUGAUAAUAGGUGUUGGCAGUGUCUUCCUGUGGAAGUUAUGAAAUCUGGGUUAGUGAAAGACUUAGUACAUUUAAAAUGGGAGUUUGUCCGCCGGCGUUUAUUGCUCAGGCUUCUCACAGGAUUAGGAAAAUGCUUGGACAGUCGUGGUCAAACUCAUGAGACACAUGAAAUUAUAGUGCAAACUGUAUCAGUCUUGGUCAGCCGAAACCCAUUUUGUCCUAUUACCUCAACUGUUCCAUUGACUUCCUUGCUUGAUUUAAUGGGAAAGGAGAUCCCCGGGGAUGUGUUCUGUGUUGAACGGGCAGAAGUACUGUUGAACAUAAGUUGGUCGUCUUUGAAGAGUUACUGUUCUAAGGAAACCAGGAGUAUGUGCUCUGAUCUGCCUCAUAUUCAGCUACCAAAACUAGUGUCUUGGUUGAUGCUAGCUUUUGUUCUCUGCCGCGACGUUCCUGUACUUUUCCAGAAGGUUUCCAGAUUGCUUGCCGCUAUAUUUGUGCUUUCUACCUCAAGUGAUCUUUUUUUCUUUUCAUCUUCUUCUAAAACUCUCCGCGAAAACCAUUGGGCUUCUUAUUUCCAUCAAGCUUCACUUGGCACUCAUCUUAGUUGCCAAUUUUUCACAAAUAUAUCUGGGAUAUGUAAUGUUCAGCACCUUGUAAACACUGAGGGUUCACAUGUUCCUGGCUCAACUUGUUUGGGAUCAGAAAAAAAGAAUUUACUCAGGCUUGCACCUGAGUCUAUUCAAGAACUUGAAGGAUUUGUAACACUGUUUUUUGCCGGCCUUCCUUGCACAACAAUUAUCUGUAUAAGUUUGCUCGGAAGCCCUUAUGCUAGUUUCCUACAGGAGCUGUUGUCCUUUCAUACUUGUGUUCAUGCAUGGAUUCUUGUAUCACGCUUGAACUUGAAGAGUCAACCUAUUGUUAUGCUUCUACCUGUGGAUUCAGUAUUAGAAGGAGAUUCCUCCGAUGAUACAAGUUCUGGUUCUGUUAGUGUUUCUGACGGAAAGGUUGGAAAGCGUUGGUGCUGCCCAUGGGGUUCCACUGUGGUUGAUAGGGUAGCUCCAGAAUUUAGAAUGAUAUUGGAGGAGAGUUAUUUGUCAUCUUCAAUCGAAGAAGAAGAAGAUACAAAAGAGAAUAGGGCGUUAUGGUGGAUGUGGAGAAAUAAGCUUGAUCGUCGCCUCUGUAAAUUGUUGAAGAACUUAGAAGAUUUAUGGUUUGGUCCUUGGAAAUAUUUGCUUCUGGGAGAAUCGUCAAACUGCAAGCAGCUGGACUUGGUACAUAAGAAGCUGGCGCGGGAUUUGAAAUCUAAGUGCAAAAUGGACAUAGAUGAGAGUCUUCUGAAAGUCAUUCUUGGGGGUUCCAAAUAUGCCUUUGAAGGUGGAGGCGCAUAUGUUUCACAGCUUUGUUUCAAGAAAGGUUGCUAUAUUGGUAAAGCUGGAUGUUCCGAGGAAAAUAAGUGGUUGGCGUCAACUAAUGAAUCUAAUGGUUAUCAGAAACUAUCUGAGUUGGCUUUCCAACUAAUACAGGGAGCAGUGAAUGAGCUUGAAGGGCUAGAUACUGUAAAUAGAGAGCCCAUCAUUCUAGUGCUGGACUUCGAGGUGCAGAUGCUUCCUUGGGAGAAUAUACCAAUACUAAGAAACCAGGAGGCUUAUCGCAUGCCUUCUAUUGGGAGCAUCUUUGCAACGCUGGAGAAGAAUUACCAUCAAGAUAAAGUUGCAAGUAGUACUAAGAAACCAGGGGGCUUAUCGCAUGCCUUAUGUCAGAAGGCUUCAUUCCCUUUGAUUGAUCCAUUGGAUGCAUUUUAUCUCCUGAACCCAGGUGGUGAUCUAGGUAUCACACAAAUUGAAUUUGAGGAGUGGUUCAGAGAUCAAAAUUUGGAGGGGAAGGCUGGAUGUGCACCCCCAGCUGAAGAAUUGGCAGAAGCCUUGAAAAGCCAUGACCUCUUUAUAUAUAUCGGCCAUGGAAGUGGGGUGAACUAUAUUCCCAUGCAUCAGAUUCAGAGUCUGGAAAAUUGUGCUGCUACUCUUUUGAUGGGAUGUAGUAGUGGUUGUCUGACACUGAAUGGUUGUUAUGUUCCACACGGUCCCGCACUAUCUUAUCUGCUGGCUGGUUCUCCUGUCAUUAUUGGAAAUUUAUGGGAAGUGACGGACAAGGACAUCAACCGAUUUGCAAAGGCCAUGCUUGAUGGUUGGCUAAAAGAAAGAUCGAGUUCCUCUGAGGGUUGCGCCCAAUGCAAAGUAGCAGAAGAAUUUGAGGCAUUGAGCAUUACGGGCUGUCCAGGUAUUGCCAAGAAGAAAGUCUCGAGGAAGAAAUUGCCUGAAGCUUGUGAAAGUGAUCCAAUGACGAUUUCUUGUGAUCAUAGGCCGAAGAUUGGAUCAUUCGCAAGUCAAGCUCGUGAAGCUUGCAGUCUUCCUUUCUUGAUUGGAGCAUCACCAGUAUGUUAUGGUGUUCCUACGGGCAUAAGGAGAAAAGAUUUGUAGCACCAUAUCAUGUGGAAAAUGGCAUGCCCUCCAAGUUCAUCAAUGCCGCGGGCUUUAAGUUUCAAGUCCGAUUUUAGCAACCAGUUAUAGGCUGGAAACUUAAGGUGUGUGUUCUAACAAGAAUCAACAAACAUGUUGUCUAGUAUACAUGUCAAUACGCACUAAUUUCCUUUGAUUACAUGUAUUUUGGCCUCUUUUUUUGCGCCAUUUAUAGCACAGUUCAGAAAUGCUGGAAUUCGGACAUAGUUUUUCGUUUUAUCGGCAGUUGCCGUGCUGUUGAACUAUUAGAACGCUGGUAGGGAAAUGACAAAUCUGUACAUGACUUUCAUUUCUUCUGUUUAGCUGAGAAAUUUUUUCCUAUUUCCA